GGUGUGUCCUCCCGUCCGCCCCCUUCGCGGAGCGCAAGCGGCCGUCCCGACAUUUAGGAAGUAGCUGGAGCGCAGGCGGCAGUGGAAAGAGAAGCGGGGCUGCGGUCGUCGAGAGUCACACGGAGAGAUGGAUUCCACGCGGCUGUCGUCGCUCCUGGUCGUGUUCUGCUGCUGCUGCGUCUCCGCCUCCGAUGGCGCAGGUAAAGGACGGGGCUUCAUCGGUGUCGUGGACCCUGGAAACUCUGCACAAGUCGUUGUGGACGCCGCGACAUCAGAGACGCUGAAGAGUAACCUCACCACUGUCUUCCUCCCAAUCAUCUACAUCAUCGUACUCGUGGUGGGGCUUCCUGCGAACGGCAUGGCCAUCUGGGUGUUCCUCUUCAGGACCAAGAAGAAGCACCCGUCAUCGAUCUACAUGGCCAACCUGGCUCUGGCUGACCUGCUCUUUGUCAUCUGGACGCCCCUGAAAAUUGCCUACCACUUGAACGGCAACGACUGGAUCUACGGGGAGCCGCUGUGCAAAGUCGUCGUGAGCUUCUUCUACGGGAACAUGUACUGCUCCAUCCUGUUCGUCACCUGCCUCAGCGUGCAGAGGUACUGGGUCGUGGCCCACCCUCUGUCCCAGCAGAGCAAGAACAACAAAGUGGCCGUCGGCGUCUGUGUCGCCGUCUGGGCUUUCAUCUGGCUCAGCACCACCCCGCUGUACCUGUACGACCACACCGCCAAGCUCAAAGAUCCCAACAUAACCACCUGCCACGAUGUCAGCAUCAUACACGACCCCGAAAACCCAUUCCCCUCUGUCCAGCUGCCGUACUACUACUUCAUCUUCAUGGGCAUGGUCGUGUUCCUCGUCCCGUGCAUAGUGAUCGUUGUUGCCUACAUCCUGUUGCUCAGAGCUCUGGGGAACUGCAUGGAGGAAAGUUCGGCAGCAAAGAACCGACGCAGAGCCGUGGUGUUGAUCGCGACCGUCCUGGUGACGUUCCUCGUGUGCUUCAUCCCCAGUAACAUCAUGCUGGUGGUGCAUUACUCUCUGCUGAAGGACGGAGUGACGAAUAACGGUUAUGGCUUCUACAUCUCCACGUUAUGCCUGGCCAGCCUCAACAGCUGCCUGGACCCGUUCAUCUACUACUUUGUGUCUGAGGACUUCAGGAACCACGUGAAGAACACUCUGCUGUGCCGCAGCAGCAGGACUGUGGAGCGCAUGAGGGUUUCAUUCAGUUCCAUGAAAUACUCCAGGAAGAGCAAGUCGUACGUGUCAGACACGGGGAACACACAGAGCAGCACCUGUUAGCCAGAUAAAGGAGAGAUAUCACACACCAUGCCACUGCUUGCACUGUUAGCGUUCUGAAGGCAGGGCAUCACACGGGCCGCGUGGCGCUGGGACACACGAGACAGGCCUGUAAUGAUGGACACGAGGCCGGACAGUUGAAACCAGGUGACCUCAAAGCAUCUCCUAACCAAAUGUGAAGAUGACAAGAAUACAUUUAAGGAUUUAUAUGACUUCUUUAUGAAAUGCUAUUUGAAAACUGUUUGUUUUUAAAAUGUGAAAACAUUAAUACAUCUUUUUUCUUCUUAUAUUUAAAGGGAAAGGGCCGGUUGAGGCCUGACAUUUAGUCGUCUUGGCUGCACAGAGAAAUGAGGUUUUCCCUGAGAUUUUCACUGCUCUGAAGACGAGUUACAGCAGUGAUGUGUGCAGACAGAGCAAGAGAGUACAUUGAGUGUUAUGACAUUAGUUAUGUCGGUGAAACUUAAGUCAAAUCAGCAAGAGAAAAGGUGUACUUAAUGUUCAAUCCUGUUCUUUGUUUUGUCCUGCCCAUUUGGCACCUUCCAAUUUUAAAUUUUUCGUCAUUUUAAACCACUUGUUGCUGAAGUGUUGGUUUUACUAUUGAGUUUCAAAGCGAUGGGGAAAAUGGUGCCAUUGUUACAUAGUUUCUUAAAUAAAUGAUAAAACAACA